AUGCAGCUGGGCCACAGCACAGGCUCACCAGUGGAGACUGCCCGGUGGGGACACAAUGGCUCCAGGCGGUUACAUCAGCAGCAAGAGGGGCCAUGGUUAAGAAGUGAAAAGUGUGGAGGACAACCCCCAAGGACCAGAGAUGGGGACUGCCGAGGAGUAGAAGGGGCUGAUCAGAGCUCCCUGACUAGAGGCUGGCCAGACCAGCCUCUUCUGGACGCUGUUUACACAGGGCUGCAGACGCACGUGACAUCUGCUCUCUUUAUCCGGGGCACUGGCUGUUGUUACUCUGUGAAAAGCAGGGUGAAGGCUCGAGCUGUGGAACUUGCUUCUACACUGCGGUUCAUCUGUUGGGAUGAGCCCAGGAUACCUGAUCUUCGAGGAGACCAGCCCCCGGAGCCUUCUGCAGCACAGACGCUGAGCCCUGCCCUCACUGUCAGCCCAGUGGGCUCAGGGAGACCUGCCAUUUGCAGCACUGGGGUCCGUAGAAGAUUCUUUGGGAAACGGCUCUGCAGUUCACUAGACAUUCUUAUUUCCCAGGAAAAAAAUCCCCCAAAUAGGGACAUCUGGUAUUCUAACAGGGAAAUGGCUGCACUUAACAAAUGCCAACAUCUGGCUGAGCCAGCUGUUUCUGUCUCACCAUUAUCUAUGGAUGCUCUGGAUAUGCAGAGACAGAUGAUGCACAGGGGUGGAUGGCUUCCAGCUCUUUCUGAAGUGACUUUGAAAUGUGUGUUUAUUCUUACUUUCUCCUAAUAUUGUGUUCUAGGAAUAUAUGUCAAGCAAACAGAGAGAGCAUGUUUUUUGAUAAAGGAACUCAAGAAUUGCUGUGAAUUGGCUUUGGCUCUCUCUAUGAUCAACUGACUGAGGACACAGAGAGGAAUGGGUGGUUCUCCUAUGCUUUGUGUGUGUGGUGUCGGGGUGGAGGUGGCUUCUCCCACCUGGAAUCUGCACUUUUGUAAAGCUUCAGGUGCUGCAAGGAUGGGAGACUCCAAACAUGUGAGAGAUGUUGGAAAAGGACAUUGAUUCUCAGUGUGUCCUCGGGACAAAGGAGGAUGGCCAACUGUCUGGGCACUAGAGCUUUUUAGGCAAAACGAACAAAUAAACACCACAAAGUGGA